CGUUGUAGCAGAUCACAAGUCAGCUGAUGAUGCUCCGUUUCAGUUUGUUUUAGUUGCCGGGCGGGUCGUAAGGCAGCAGCACACAAUUGUCAUCACGUGAGGUCACAAUGGUUUCUGAUGGUUUCGACGAAGAGUGAUUUGGAACAGCGAAUGUUUUGAAUUUCUUGAGAAAUUCAAGCAUCUGCUGUCUUCUCCGAGUACAGGUGCAAUACGGGAUAUCUGAAAUUGUAGGAUAUUUACCUCAAAAUGACAGAAUAUUGGUUGAUAUCCGCACCGGGAGACAAAACAUGUCACGAGACAUGGGAAACUUUAAACAAUUUGACAUCCAAACAACACUCUUUAUCGAUUAACUAUAAAUUCCAUAUCCCAAAUUUGAAAGUUGGAACGUUGGAUCAAUUGGUGGGUUUGUCUGAUGAUCUGGGGAAACUUGAUAUCUACGUUGAACAAGUAACCCGCAAAGUUGCAACAUAUUUGGGAGAGGUCUUGGAAGGUGAAAGAUAUAAACUCCGAGAGAAUCUAAUGGCCAAUAAUAGUCAAACGUCAAUGGAUGGGGAGAGCUCGAGCCCCGAAGGGGGUCCGGACACCCCGCCAAACACCCCCGUCACCCCAUCACACAAGACUUCAAAGGAGCACCAUAAGCAGUGGAAGGAAUUGGAGAAAUGCGAACCAGAACCAGCCGCCUGUUUAGGUCAGCAUCAUCACCAGCGUCAUCACCAUCAUGAGCAUCAUCAUAGUCAUAAACAUCAUAAUCAUCCUUCCGAUUUCGACAAGAAAUCAUCGUCACACAGUCCCCAAGGCAACUGUGAUGUCCGACCAUCGAACGAUCCUUUAUCAGUAUAUUCAUGCUAUCAUGCGCAUUGGUGCGCCGCUUCAACCUCUUCCACACCAAUCCCUAGUCCUACCCCAACAAGUCCAAGUCUCUCCCUUUCAUCAAACUGUAGCAGUGAAGGAGAGACCAGAUGGAAGUCGACGACGCGUCAUCGGACUACUGAGAAAGCAGAUCGAUGUACCUCUAAUCGCAAAUCACUCGGCUAUGACGACGACGAAGACGAUGCGGACCAAAACAGCGACCAAGACCAAGACCAAGACCAUAGCGGCAGUUUGCCCAAUCCAGGUGAUCUACCGUCAUAUAUAACUCGAUUCCAGUGGGACAUGGCAAAAUAUCCUAUUAAACAAUCGCUGAGGAAUAUCGCUGAUAUUAUCAGUAAACAAGUGGGUCAGAUUGAUGCAGAUCUCAAAACGAAAUCUACAACAUAUAAUAAUUUAAAAGGAAGUUUACAAAAUCUUGAAAAGAAACAAACAGGAAGUUUAUUGACAAGGAAUUUGGCUGAUUUAGUUAAAAAGGAACAUUUCAUCUUGGAUAGUGAAUAUCUAACUACGUUACUUGUAAUUGUGCCAAGAGCAAGUUUUCAUGAUUGGUACAAUGGGUAUGAAAAAUUAACAGCUAUGAUAGUUCCACGUAGUACACAACUUAUUACUGAGGAUAGCGAAUAUGGUUUAUUCACUAUCACCCUAUUCAAGAAAGUUAUUGAAGAAUUUAAGUUGCAUGCACGUGAGAAAAAAUUCAUUGUUCGAGAUUUUACCUAUAAUGAAGAAGAAUUAGCUGCAGGGAAAAAUGAAAUUACAAAACUGGUAACUGAUAAAAAGAAACAAUUUGGUCCCCUUGUGCGUUGGCUAAAAGUCAAUUUUAGCGAAUGUUAUUGUGCGUGGAUACAUGUCAAAGCAUUGCGUGUAUUUGUAGAAUCUGUUCUGAGGUACGGGUUACCUGUGAAUUUCCAAGCAAUCCUGUUGCAUCCACACAGAAGAUGUGCAAGGCGAUUACGCGAAAUUCUUAAUCAACAUUAUGCUCAUCUGGAUUUCUCCGCUACAGCGUCUGCUGCUACACAAGCAAAUCAAGAUAGCAUGGAAAUAGCUGGAUUAGGUUUUGGCCAAAAUAACUACUUUCCCUAUGUGUAUUAUAACAUCGAUGUAAACAUGGUCGACAAUAAGGUUUAUUAAUUAUCAAAGAUGAGCAUUCUUCUAUAUUUUAAAUAUUUUCUUUUCAUUUACAUAACAUACUUCUAUAACUCCAGGUACUUAACUACAGGAGUAGACCAAAUAUUUAUCCAAAAAAUAAUGAUUUAAUGUUGUAUAAACAUAAUUAUAACAAACCAAAUUGAAAUAUUAAAUAUUAGUUGAAGGCAGCACAAAAACGAAGUGAGACAACGUGAAAUUACUUCAUUAAAUAUUGGAUAAUUGAGCAAGUUGUAUUGUAAAUGCUUUGUGUAUAGAAAGUAUAUUAUGCAAUAUUACUUUAA